GUCCUCUCCGGAAGUCACGUGAGCCACACAAACUUCACUUUUGUGUCUCGGCGCCAUCACCAAAUCUCAGCGCAAGUUUCAUCUGUUCACCUCAAAUUAUGCACAAACUCUGAAACCCUCGAGAGACACUGGUCCCGAACCACACCAGACCCGAAGCCACGGCUAUCAGCGCUUAAGUUUCCACUUUUAACUCUUGAGGAGCGGUGAGCUCUCAGUGCCAGCCCCGCCGUUAGCCUGUUAGCCUGCGUUAGCAUAGCGUUGGCUUAGCUUUAGCCUGUGACGUUGUUUACGGAGGAAAGUCUGUAUUUUUACAGUUUGUAUGUUUCCGCGAAACAGCCGUGAUGUUGGACGGAACCACGGCGCACGGCGACAGAAGUGCCACCAGGAACGGGGAGAACAGCGACCCGGUUCGGAUAUGCGGCGGCGAAGGAUUGAACCGAGCCCGGCUGAAGAAGGACCGGGGCCGGCGACUGCACAAGCCCGGCUCGGGAGCGCGACUCUCGGACAUCAACAACAACCACCAGUCACUGUCCUCCACCUCAUGCACCGGACCAAACCGCGCCGCGGGACACGCCGGAGCUGAGCCUCCGGGACCGAACCAAGCCGUGCACCGAACCGACAUCCGGAGGGAGCUGAAAUCCAAAGGAGGGAAAAUGGAACUAAACAGGAACUUAAACAGCCAUAAGCCCUGCCCCCAUCAGAACUCUUCUGGAACCAUCCAGAACCUGCACCAGAACCUCUUGCGGUCCUCGGCUCUGGCCCACACGCUGCUGCUGCUGCACUCCCCACAGCCCUCACGGCCUGGUCCAGAACCCAGUCCAGAGCCUGGCCCAGAACCCGGUCCAGAGCCGGCCUACGCGGGGCCCAAGUUCAGUGAGCCACCCGCUCCCAGCGUCUUGCCCCGCCCCCCGAGUCACUGGGUUGGCUGCAGCUCCAGAGACGAGAUGAGCCUACAGCUAAAGACCCUGCUCCGAGUUCAGGACCAGGUCUGAACUGGGUCAGAAACCAGGACUAAAAGAGGGAUUGUAAUAAGGACUAAACCAGGGACUAAACAUGGACUGGCAAAUUUACAGGACUAAAGCAAGAGUUAACAAAGAGUAAAAAGGCUUCAAACAGGAUAGAAUCCAGGACUGAUCCAGGACAGAGGUGCAGAGUGGCCUGUGGAGUCAGACUGGACUCUGAAUUUGUGAUAAUCAAAGAAAUAAAAUACCAAAAUAAUGUUUGGUAAAUUCUGAUGUUUGAACAUCAGCAACAGUCAGUACAAAAAUGUACUGCGUUUAUGCUCAUUGCCACAGUAACAAGUAUUGCUACUUGUACUAGUACUUCAGUAAAGUAACAAAAGUGAAGCACCUUUUAUUCUAUUGGAACAAGUUUGUCUAGAUUCUGUUAAAGUCAACAAAAAUGUGACCAUGCGCCACUAUCACAUGACAUACAUGGACCAAAAGAGGUGGAAUAUGGCUCCGUGAGCAGUGUGUCGUUUGGGCAUUUUCUGUUUUUAACAAUGAGAAUCAGCAAUUCUCUGGGUUCUUCUGAAGUUAUUUUUGUUUUUAUGUCAAAUGUGGCAGCACUUUUCAGACAUUCUUUUCAUCUAAUGCACUGAGUUUAACAAGCACUGAGCGCCCAUUUGACUGUGUGGUUAGCGCUCCUGUCUCUCUCUGGGUGACAGAGUGGUUAGCCUGUUGUGUUCUGGUGUUCCACAGAUGUCCCUCAGGUCACACACUGAGCUGUUUUAAACGUGGACUAAAAGAUGAAAGUGAAAAUGAGAUUUUACCUUUGUUUUUAUUUAAGCACUACAUAAAAGUCAGUUUAAAGUCUGACAGAUUUCUAAAACUCUGCCAAGGCAUUGCUCCAUCUCGCAAUGGUUCUGUGCUUCACAAAACUCACACACUUGAGAGUUCUUGAUUACUGGAGAAUGGUCUGUAGUCACAUCUGCAGAUUCACCUCAGAUUUACUAAACUAAGACAGAAAGAUGAAGUGAAUUUGUCUAGAGUGGGUUAACCAACAUCUGAAGUUUUAUACAACAAACUUGAGAUCGUGUGUGUGUGUGUGUGUGUAUGUGAGAAGGAUAAUAUAUUUUAAAUAAUUUUAUGUAAUUGUUAUAUUGACGCAUCCAUUCUGUAUUUUAUUCUAAGUCAUGUUUCACUUCAGCUGCUCCAGUUUUUGUCUGAAUAAAAGGUUUUUACAUUGCUUCAUUUCAGGGUUCUGACCCCGAACUUCAGGAGCCAUUUUAAUCUUAAGUUCUAAACCUGUGUGUAAAUGAUGAUCUCGGCACAAAUAAACCAGGAGCUCAAUCAAACGUGUGAAAGAAAGGCUGUUUGGUUCAGUCACAUUCACACCAUUUCUGUUUCAGAUCCUUAAACACAUUGAGAUGUAUUUUUUCUGUAGUUUCAUAAAUAAAAGAAAUUCUAUGGAAAUAGCAG